UGGCCGGCAGGGCGGCGCUGGCAGCGAGGUGUUGUCACCGAGCUGUCAGAGGCGCCGAGCCAGUGUGGUAUCGACCUGUGUGCGUGUGUGUGUGAGUGUGUGUGGUGUCAGUGCCAGUGCCUCCCCCAGGACACCCUAACGCCUCCUUCAUGGCCUGAGGGGUGGACGGAGUGCCAACAUGUCUGUGCGGGAGCUGUACGUAAAGGGCGCCCACGUGUGGAUCCCGGACCCAGAGCAGGUGUGGCGCUGCGCUGAGCUCACGCAGGACUACAAGGGUGGCUCCGUCACUGUCAUCUUUGAGGAUGGGCAGACUGAGAAGAUCAAGGUCAAGAGUGACGAUGACGUCCCUCCGCUGCGCAACCCUGAUAUCCUCAUCGGCGAGAAUGACCUCACGUCCCUCUCCUACCUCCACGAGCCGGCCGUGCUCUACAACUUGCAAGUCCGCUUCUGCAAUCAAAAUGCCAUCUACACAUACUGCGGCAUCGUGCUGGUUGCCAUCAACCCGUAUGAGGAGCUGCCCAUCUAUGGCCCGGACACCAUCUCUGCCUACCGCGGCCACUCCAUGGGCGACCUCGAUCCUCACAUCUUUGCCGUGGCCGAGGAAGCCUUCACGCAGAUGGAAAGAGACAACAGGGACCAGAGCAUCAUUGUGUCGGGUGAGUCGGGCGCCGGCAAGACAGUCUCGGCCAAGUAUGCCAUGCGGUACUUUGCCAGUGUGGGCGGCUCAGACUCGGAAACACAGAUUGAGAAGAAGAUCCUGGCCUCCAACCCCAUCAUGGAGGCCAUCGGCAACGCCAAGACCACAAGGAACGACAACAGCUCUCGGUUUGGCAAGUACAUUGAGCUGGACUUCACCUCAAACUACAGCAUCAUGGGCGCCAACAUGAGGACCUACCUGCUGGAGAAGUCACGCGUCGUCUUUCAGGCCCCGGACGAGAGGAACUACCACAUCUUCUACCAGUUGUGUUCUGUGGCCUCGGAUGAGAAGUUCAGCCACCUCAGACUGGGACCCCCGGAAUGCUUUCACUACAUGAACCAAGGACUGCCGGAGUUUGAUGGGCCGUCACCCAGCCCCCGACCGGGCCACCAGGACAACUUCCACUACCUCAACCAAGGCAGCAGCCCCUCCAUCGACGGCGUGGACGAUGCGGCGUACUUCCAAGAGACCUGCAAAGCGCUGAGCCUCCUUGGGAUCACCGAGGCCCGGCAGGAGCACAUGUUCAGGGUGUUGGCCGGCAUUCUGCACCUCGGGAAUGUGACCAUCGAGGACAGCGGGGGAGACGCCUCGCUGAUAAACAAAAAUGAUGAGUCUCUCCCCAUCGUGGCUGAGCUGCUGGGCGUGAGUGAGGCAGACCUGAGGAUGUGGCUGUGUCACCGCAAGAUCACCGGCGGGCGGGAGGUCUUCAACAAGCCCAUGACACUCAGAGAGGCGACCUUCUCCAGAGACGCCCUGGCCAAGCACAUCUACGCCAAGCUGUUCGAUUGGAUUGUGAUGCAGAUCAACAAGUGCUUCGCCGCCCCGACAAAGCCAUUCAGGUUCAUCGGGGUUCUGGACAUCUAUGGAUUUGAAACGUUUGAGAUCAACAGCUUUGAGCAAUUUUGUAUCAACUAUGCAAACGAAAAACUCCAGCAGCAGUUCAACCAGCACGUCUUCAAGCUGGAGCAGGAGGAGUAUGUCAAGGAGCAGAUCGAGUGGGAGUUCAUCAACUUCUACGACAACCAGCCGUGUAUUGACCUCAUCGAGAGCAAGCUGGGCAUCCUUGACCUCCUGGAUGAAGAGUGUCGGAUGCCCAAAGGGUCGGAUCAGUCCUGGGUGGAGAAGCUCUACGACAAGUGCAAGAAAUGGGACCACUUCAGCAAGCCUCGGCUGUCCAACUCAUCCUUCCUCAUCGCGCAUUUCGCCGACAAGGUUGGCUACGAGUGCGCGGGUUUCCUCGAGAAGAAUCGUGACACGGUUUCCGAGGAGCAGAUCAACAUCCUCAAGUCUAGUCAGAUUAGCUUAAUCCACUCCCUCUUCACUGAGAAGGCCAAGGGAGCGCCCACCAAGGUGAAGGUCCUGCCCACGGCGCCCAGCAAAGCCUCCUCCAAGCAGAUGAAGAAAAGUGUCGGGUCACAGUUCCGCGAGUCCUUAAACUUGCUGAUGUUGACCCUAAACUCCACCACCCCACACUACGUCCGGUGCAUCAAACCCAACGAUGACAAGAUGGCCUUCACCUUUGACCCCACACGCGCCAUCCAGCAACUGCGAGCCUGCGGUGUGCUGGAGACCGUCAGGAUCAGUGCGGCCGGAUACCCUUCACGAUGGACGUACCUCGAGUUCUUCUGCCGGUACCGCGUCCUGUGUCACUCCAAGGACAUCGUGAGGAAUGACAUGCGUAUGACGUGUGAGAAGAUCAUCGCCAACAUGAUAAACGACGAGGACAAGUUCAAGUUUGGGCGCACCAAGAUCUUUUUCCGGGCGGGUCAGGUGGCGUACAUGGAGAAGCUGCGCGCCGACCGCCUGUCAGCCUGCGGGAUAAUGAUACAGAAGCACGUGCGCAUGUACCUCCACCGCAACCGCUUCAGGACCAUGCGGAGGGCGGCCAUCACCAUACAGAAAUACGCUCGAGGAAUGGCGGCGCGCAGACGCGCCCAACACAUGCGAGAGACAGCGGCGGCCAUCAAGAUCCAGGCGUGUGCACGUGGCUGGAUCAAACGUGUGCAGUACCGUCGUCUGGUGUACAUCGUCACGCAGCUGCAGGCCCACGCACGCGGCGCCGCGGCGAGGCAGAGAUACGAGCACAUGCGUAGAGUCAGAGCGGCCAUCAUCAUCCAGAAGACGGUGCGCAAGUGGCUGAUGCGCCAGCGGUACCUGCGAGCUGUGCGGGGGCUGGUGGCGGUGCAGGGCCUGGUGCGCUGCUACCUGGCCAGGAGGCAGCUCAAGAAACUCAAGAUUGAGGCCAAGUCCAUUGAGCACCAGAAGAAGCUCAACAAGGGCCUGGAGAACAAGAUCAUAUCCCUGCAGCACAAGCUGAAUGAGAUGAAAAACGAGAACAAUGCCAUCGCCGGCUACAAGGACGAGAUUGAGGUGCUGAAGGGACGCGUCACGGACCUGAAGACCGUGGAGAAACAACUCAAGAGCAGCAACAACCAGAUUGCUGAGCUGGAGGCAAAGGUCGCCAAGCUGACCCAGGAAGUGGAGACCGAGAGGGGUGAGAAGAUGGACAUUCUCACCCAGAAGGAACGCGCCGAGAAGGAGAACCGGGAACUAAUAGAGAAACUGAACGAGGAGAACGCAAAGCUAACCCUCGAGCUCUCUAAGGUCCAGGUGGAGGACGUCAAGAGGGAGAGUGAAGAAACGCUGCGUCGUAAGUUUGAGGCGGAGAAGCAGCAACUCAUCCUGGAGACCACUGAUGAGAAGUCCGGGUACCAGCGCCUGAUCAAGGAGUUCAACCGUUUGGAGCAGAGGAACGAAUUUUUGGAGGAACAGCUCACCAAGUACAAAGGAGGGAACGCCCACAAGCGCACGGCCAGCAACGUGAGCAACCUUAGCGGUGUGAGCGACGCCCCGACGGAGCUGGUGCACGAUGACACUUCAGAGUUCCCGACCUUCCUUGGAGAGGACGACGUUGGCUACGGGUCGGUCAGGAGCCGCACCAGUGAAGUCUCAGAUUCCAGCAGAAACUUGGAAAGCAUUGACUGGUCCUCCCCCAGCAAGGUCGCCUCGGAGAUAAAGCUGCAGGUCCCGGAGAAGGUGGAGGACAUAACCCUUGUGCUACAGCUCCAAAACAAAGUGCGUGAGCUCGAGAAGGAGCGCCGCACUCUGUCCAAACAAAUAGAUCACUUGGAGUCGUCGUCCCCGCUGGAUGACCCUCAGCACGCACAGGAGCUCAUUCGGCUUCAGGAGCUUGAGAUGGAGAACGCCAAGCUGCGCGACGACCUCAACAGGCUCAGGAAAUCCAUCGCAGACUCGGAGCCACAGAACAACGGGGUCCAGGAGUUCAUGAAACAAUUUGAGGCGCUGCAGGAUGAGCUGGAGCGGCGCCGUGAGGAGUGCAUCCAGCUGCGCACGGUGCUGGCCAACCGCGCCCACGACCUGCGCUCCGUCACCCAGACCUCCUACGGCAAGGACGUCGACAUCGUGAAUGAGGACGGCGAACUUGUGCUGGCCUACCAGACACAGAAGCAGGUCAACAGACAACUCGAGGAUGAACUGAGGAAGCAGAAGCUGCACGCCCACGAGACUGAGGCCGAGUACAAGGGUGAGCUUGACCGCCUACGCCAGGACAACGAGCGGCAACAGAAGCUCCUCGCCCAGAACCUGCUCAAGGGCGACGCUUCCAACCCCGAGGCACUCCUGCAGUCGGAGAUCAUGCGCCUCACCUCCGAGAACCUGAACCUGCAGGGCCAAGUGGACAGCCUGACGGAGCAGCUCAAGAAAUACAAACGGUCGUUGCGAGCCUACGCCAAGAAGCUGAAGGAGGCUGGAGGCUCUGGCAGCAAGCGGUCCUCAGCACAGGGCAGCCCCUAUGGCGGCGACCCCCCAGACCUGCUUGACGUGGCGGCCACCAACGAGGGCGAGGUGAUGCCUGUCAUCCGCAAGAAGGAACGGGACUACAUGGGCAUGUUUGAGUACGACCGCCGCGAGGAAAUGCAGAUCAUCCGAGUCCUGGUGUACGAACUGAAGCCUCGGGUGGCGGUGACGCUCCUGCCUGGCUUACCCGCAUACAUACUGUUCAUGUGCAUACGACACACUGACCACAUCAACGACGACGAGAAGGUUCGCUCGCUGCUCAACAACAUCGUGAAUGGGGUCAAGCGAGUCAUCAAAAAGCGUCACGAAGACCUUGACUCGACGGUGCUGUGGCUGUCUAAUGUCCUGAGGCUCCUGCACAACCUCAAGCAGUACUCCGGGGACAAGGCUUUCCAGGCCGAAAACACCGUCAAGCAGAACGAACAGUCCCUGAAGAACUUUGACCUCUCAGAGUACAGACAAGUUCUUUCGGACAUCGCCGUAUGGAUUUAUAAUGGCGUUAUCAAAUUGAUGGAGCAGAAGGUUCAGCCGCUCAUCGUGCCGUCGAUCUUGGAGCACGAGGCCAUCGCUGGGCUCUCUGGUAACAAACCCGGAGGCAUGAGAGGUCGUGCCGGCAGCCUCGCUCGGGAACUGGAAUCUCCAGUUGAGCCUCAGAAAGCGCUGGAUCUGCUGCUCAAGGAGAUGACCCAGUUCUACCGCACCCUAGCCAUGUUUGGGACGGACCCGGAGCUCAUCACACAGGUCUUCAGGCAGAUCUUCUACUUCAUCUGCGCCGGGUCCCUCAACAACCUGCUGCUGCGUAAGGACAUGUGCCACUGGUCCAAGGGCAUGCAGAUCCGCUACAACCUGAGCCACCUGGAGCAGUGGACGCGCGACAUGCGGCUGCACGAGUCUGGGGUGACGGACACCCUGGCGCCAAUCAUCCAGGCCGCCCAGCUGCUGCAGGCGCGGAAGACCGAUGACGACGUCCACUCCAUCUGUGACAUGUGUGAUAAGCUGUCUGUGUCCCAGAUCAUCAAAAUCCUCAACCUGUACACGCCGGCGGAUGACUUUGAGGAGCGUGUGCCCAUCACCUUCAUCCACAAGAUCCAGGCCAAGCUGCAGGAGCGCGCCGAGGGAGAGCAAGCGCAGGCGACACUCUUGAUGAACACCAAGUUUGCGUUCCCGGUGCGGUUCCCCUUCAACCCAUCGAGCAUCCACCUGGAGGACAUCGAGCUGCCCGACGCCCUGCCCCUCAACAUGCUGAAGAAGGUCUAGGCACACACACAACACAUGGCGGGAGCUGCUUUGUUAGUGCUAGUCACAGAGAACCAUUCCAAACUCCUCUUAGUAAGUUAUGAAUAAGGAAUGAUUUUACCUAAUGCUGUAGGUGACUUAACCAGCGAGACACUCCUUAACUUAUUCUCUGUAGUGAGACAAGAUGUACCUGCGUAUGUUUCCUGUUACAUUCCAGUCUCUCACACCUCCGAUAGUAUGGUCCGUAUUUUUAAACGUCUCCGGCUCCCACUACGAUUAUUUCCCGAGGCCACAGAGAACAUUAACCGGGUUUUCAUGGCCGUUUUUCCCAUUCAAGGCGCAGGAGUUGUGUAAAACUAUCACCGGGAUCAUGAAACAGUCCACGAAAAGCCCUGUAACUUCCAUGAGAGGCUUUUAAAAGAGGUGAAUUGAGUGGCCAAGACAUUUAAAAAUAUGGGCUUAUGUUCCAGAGCAUAUGUUGUCAGUAAUAUUAUCAUAGUUGUAUUUGUCAUAAUAUACAGGUGUGUGUGUGUGUGUGUGUGUGUGUGUGUGUGUGUGUGUCAGAACAUGGUCACAAAAGGUAAUGUCUGCCCAGGGAGGUGUUACAAUCCCUCUUGUGUUGUUGCUUCUGUCAAAUACAUGUAAAUUGUUCUCCGGGCGGCCGCAGCUAUACUGAUUGGUCCUGGUUGUUGAUUGUAUGAUGUAUUUCAGAGAUUUUACCAUGUAUAUAAAAGAAUGCAGUAUAUAUUUUCAGAGGUAUGUAUCUCCCACCCACACACACUGGAAGCGUUGUUCAGUGCUGGGAGACAAAUUAAACUGUGAAAGUCUGGUAAUGUCUGAGGCUGAAUGACAUUGUCCAGAUAAUACCCCCAAAAUAUGGAUUCUUGAGAGCAGGAAACUAAUCAUAAAAGCUGCUUUCUGGAGGCAGGAAAUAAUAAACCUUAAAAUAUACUGUGUGAAAACCUUGUAAUAUCUGAUGCUGAAUGACAUUGUCCAGAUAAUACCCCCAAAGUAUGGAUUCUUGAGAGCAGGAAACUAAUCAUAAAAGUUGCUUUCUGAAGGCAGGAAAUAUUAAACCCUAAAAUACAGUGUGUGAAAACCAUGUAAUAUCUGAUGCUGAAUGACAUUGUCCAGAUAAUGCCCCCAAAGUGUGGAUUCUUGAGAGCACGAAACUGAUCAUAAAAACCAUUGUCUGAAGGCAGGAAAUAAUAAACCAUGGAAUACAGUGUGUGAAAACCUUGUAACGUCUGAUGUGGAAUGACAUUGCCCAGAUAAUGCCCCCAAAGUAUGGAUUCUUGAGAGCAUGAAACUGAUUAUAAAAGUCGCUUUCUGGAGGCAGGAAAUAAUAAACCCUGGAAUACAGUGUGUGAAAGUCUGGUAAUGUCUGAAGCUGAAUGACAUUGUCCAGAUAAUACCUCCUAAAUAUGGAUUCUUGAGAGCAGGAAACUAAUUUUAAAAGUCACUUUCUGGAGGCAGGAAAUAAUAAACCCUGGAAUACAGUGGGUGAAAGUCUGGUAAUAUCUGAUGCUGAAUGACAUUGCCCAGAUAAUGCCUCCAAAAUAUGGAGUCUAGAAAGCAGGAAACUAAUUUUGAAAGCUGCUUUCUGGAGGCAGGAAAUAAUAAACCCAGGAAUACAGUGUGUGAAAGUCUGGUAAUGUCUGAUGCUGAAUGACAUUGUCCAGAUAAUGCCUCCUAAAUAUGGAUUCUUGAGAGCAGGAAACUAAUUUUAAAAGUCGCUUUCUGAAGACAGGAAAUACGAAACCCUACAGUGUGUGAAAACCUUAUAUUAUCUGAAGCUGAAUGACAUUGUCCAGAUAAUGCCCCCCAAAAUAUGGAUUCUAGAAAGCAGGAAACUAAUUAUAAAAGCCGCUUUCUGAAGGCAGGAAAUAAUGAACCUUAAAAUACAAUCGUCAUAAGUACAUUUUGAAAUGAUAACAAGUGACAGAUUAAGGACUUGGCUGUAACAGGAAUCCUAAACUAUAUUUGUUAUAACUACAGUACUGGAAAGUCUAACAGAUUGACUGAUUGAGGACUUUUACUACAUCGGGAAUCCUAGAAUAUAAUUGUCUAAAAGUAUCUAAAAGUCUAACAGAUUGACUGAUUGAGGACUUUUACUGAAUCAGGAAUCCUAGAAUAUAAUUGUCUAAAAGUAUCUAAAAGUCUAACAGAUUGACAGAAUAAGGACUUGGCCGUAGCAGGAAUCCUAGAAUACAAUAAUUAAAGCUAUACAGUCUUUGAAAGCUUAUCAGACUGACGGCUUGAGGACUUUGGCUGUAGCUCCUCUGCGUCACAAUUCACAUUCCGUAGGACAUUCCAUAAAGAGACAACCCCUAGUGUAAUAUAAAAGCUACUUAUUAUUUAUUGUAUAAAUAAUAAAUAUUGUGUAUUGUUAAGUGGUGCGUGAGUAUCGUGUGUCUUAUAGCGUAAUGCAUUGGAGGGCGGCCGUGUGUAACAUUCCUGUAUCGUGGUUUUUGCUUCUAUGGACUAUAACUACUUGCUGCUGCUUUGGGCGAGGCGUUGAGAGUGCUUCACACCACUAUAGUGAAACCAAAUUGUUGAGUCUGUUUGGGCGGAGGCACCCGUGGGUCCACAUCUCCCCUCUGCUUUGCCACACAGUCCCAACACCUAUCUCUUCCUCUCACAUGUAAGGUAAAGGUAACAUAUGAUAGGAAAAAAUAGGUGUUGGGACUGUGUGGCAGAGCAGAGGGGAGAAAUGGACCCACAGGAGCCAAUGCCCAAAUGGACUCUACAAUUUGGUUGGAUUUUAGCUGACCCACACACUGAUGAUCCGUAUUGUUAGACACUCCCCUCUCUCACAUCAGUCGGGUUCUUAUGAGUUAUUUUAGGUUAAGGGUACAGAAGAAGGGUCAAACUAUCACUAGGGUCAUAAAACUACUAGUCUUGGAAAUGCCCCAAACUCCUAAGGAAGUCUUGUCAGAUAUGUGUGCUUGGUGCCGAGAUGGUUAAUUAUACCACCCUGGGAGUCACGGCCAGGCUGCUUGACCCAUGGACCUUUUCUGCCUCCAGCCCUCACGUGUCUUUUUCCACACUUGCAAUGCUUCUUCCUUCCUUCCUUCCCAUGUGCGUCUCCUUCCUAGUACUUCCUCUUACUUCUCUUUUCCUUUCUUCCUUUCCUCUCUUCUUUCCUUCCUUCCUUUCCUGUCUCCUUCCCUCUCUCAUCCCUUUUCUACACUCUGUUCUUCUAAAACUACAUUGCAUCUCCUUCCUAGCACUUCUUCUGACUUCUCUUUUCCUCUUUUCUUGCCUUCCUUUCCUUCCUCUCUCUUGGAUAGCCUCAACUUCAACUUCAGGCAAUGUGUCCUCUAGGCUCUAAGCCCAGUCCACUCACUGUCUAGCCUCAACUUAAACCUCAGGCAGCUUGUCUCUUAACCAGGGUAGCCUCAGUUUACACCUCAGAUACUUUAUGUCUUAAUCUUCCCCAUCACUUCAGUUUUCAAGGGUGGCCCAAAAUUAAACUGCAAACUCAGGCAGCUUGUCCCCUGAACCCUGUCCCGUCCCCCAUGUACCAGGGUAGCGUCAGUUUACACCCAAGAUACCUUAUGUCUUAAUCUUCCCCAUCACUUCAGUUUUCAAGGGUGGCCCAAACUUAAACUGCAACCUCAGCCAGCUUGUCCCUUAACCCUGUCCUCCCUCCUGUCUUGGUAGCCACAACUUCAACCUCUGGCAACUUAUCCUCUAAGCCCAAAGCCAUAAGCCCUCCCCUCUCUUGGGUAGCAUCAACUUAAACCUCAUGCAGUUUGUCCCCUAUACUUUGUCCCUUCUUCCCAUCUUGCUAGGAUAACCUUGACUUUCAACAUCAGGCAGCUUGUUUUCCCGUGCCCUUCCCUUCCCUCUCUCUUGUGUAGCCUCAAAUUUCAAUGUCAGGCAGCUUGUUAUAUGUUUUAACCCUGCCCUUCCCUUCCCUUCCCUCCUGUGUAGCCUCAUAUUUCAACAUCAGGCAGCUUGUUAUAUGUUUUUCCCUGCCCUUCCCUUCCCUCUCUCUCUUGGAUAGCCUCAGAUUUCAACCUCACCCUCAGCCAGUCCCUCCCGCCCCUUUUGGCAUGUGAUAAUUGUCAAGGUUCUGGUCAUCUUCCCUAUCAAAAAACAGCAAAAAUGACCUCACCUGAUCAUCCAAGACUCGGGAAAUGAAGGGGUGGAGUAGGGGGCGGAGGGCAGCAUGAGUGGAUAUUGUAUUUUGUCCUGAAUUACUGUAUUGAAUUAGAGAAGCGACAUUGGUGGUACGAACGUUUCAGCACAGUUGUAAGAGUUUGUGGCAUACUUCUCAUUCCAUCGUGUUCUCAUUCCAUAUUUGUUAUUUCUACUCACACAAGAACGUAAAGAGUCUGCACGAGGCCGGUUCUAUGGUUCCUCCCUUAAGGUUACAGAGGCAGUGUGUGUCCUGGCAAAGUUGAUCUCGUGGAAAAGUUGAUUCCCUCAGGAAUGAAUAAAGUGAACCCCAACAAAGUCCUAUAUGUCUGGUGAUGCCGAUGAUGUAAGUGGAGACCAUCUUUUGUUUAGUAUUUGAUUAUGUUACGAACUUAAGCCAAGGUAAAAGUGUGAUCUCAUACUUGGAAGCAUAAGGGAUGAGUGGGUGACAUCCUAUCUGCCUGGUGGUGCCCAUUUCCAUGUCAUGUCCAUCUUAAGUUUAGUAUUCAAUUAUAUCAUUAACUUAAAUCUAAAGGUGUUAUCUAUACUCCCACAAACUUAACCCUUUCAAUAUGAUGACGCCUACGUAGGCGUCAUGAAGCCCCAGUAGCAUAUACGAUGAUGCCUACGUAGGCGUCAUAUUUCUAUUCUGUUUCUUCUUCUAUUGAGUUGUCCCGUACUUUGUGUUGGUUACUAAGUAAAGAUGCCGUAUGCUGUCCUUGAAAUCCUAUUGCUCCUCCCACCAUCCUCGUUCCCACCAAUCACAAAAAAUGAGCUACAGUAUGCACCGCCUUCUUCCUGCCUUGUGUCUAAAAUUGGGAAGCCUCAUUGGCUCUCUCUCUCUCUCUCUCUCUCUCUCUCACACACACACACACACACACACACACACACGUACAUACA